CAAAGAGAGAGAGAGAAGAAGAGACGAAGAGAAUCCAUUAAUGGCGGCUGCCACAGUUCUCGGUCGCUUAUCACUGAUACCAAAUCUAUCUUCUAAACCAAAAUUGAAAUCAAACAGAAGAACAACUUCUACAAGUGUUUCUAUACGAGCACAAGCUUCGUUCUCUGACCCUUUUGUACUUCAAUUAGCUGAAUCACUCGAAGAUUCUCUCUCAGCUUCUCCUUCUUCGUCUUCUUUACCUCUCCAAAGAAUCCGUGAUUCUUCCGCUGAGACUCUUUUAUCUACGCCAUGGCCAUCACGAAAAGACGAACCUUUUCGAUUCACCGAUACAUCUUUCAUCCGAUUUUCUCAAAUCGAACCCGUUUCGACCCAUCAACGAAAUUCUGAAAUUUUGGAUAAUCUGACGGAAACCCAGUUCCCAAACGCUGUGAUUAUUGAUGGGUUCGUGUCGAGUUUGACGAUUGGUCCAUCGGAUUUGCCCGAUGGGGUUUACUUCGGGAGCUUCUCUGGUUUACCGGAUGAGUUAACGAACCGGGUUUCUGAAUUCAUAGGGAAUUUCGAUUCUGGUGAUUUGUUUUGGUCGAUUAAUGGUAUGGGAGCACCGGAUUUGGUGGUGAUUUAUGUUCCUGAAGGAUGUAAGGUUGAGAAUCCGAUCUAUUUGAGGUACUUUUGUGGUGAAACUGGUGACCGGGAAUCGAAACGGUUACCGGUAUCGAAUCCUAGGGUUUUUGUGUUAGUUGAGGAAGGAGGAGAGAUUGGUAUAGUUGAGGAAUUUGUUGGUAAAGAUGAAGAAGGGUUUUAUUGGACGAAUCCGGUUUUGGAAGUUGUUGUUCAAAAGAAUGGGAAAUUGAAGCAUUCAUAUUUGCAGAAAGAAUCCAUGGCUUCUGCUCAUGUCAAGUGGACUUUCGUCCGACAGGAGGCGGAGAGUGAAUAUGAGCUUGUGGAAGUGAGUACUGGUGGGAAAUUGGGGAGGCACAAUGUUCAUGUGCAGCAGCUUGGGCCUGAUACGCUCACUGAGUUAACCACGUUUCAUAUGUGUGUCAACGAGCAGACUCUUGAUCUCCAUAGCAAAAUUGUCUUAGACCAUCCACGAGGCUCUUCGCGACAGCUUCACAAGUGUAUUGUUGCUCAUUCCUCUGGUCAAGCUGUUUUCGAUGGCAAUGUCCGAGUUAACAGAUUAGCUCAACAGACCAACGCGCGGCAACUAACACGGAGCCUCCUUCUGAAACCCCGAGCCACGGUGAACAUAAAACCGAAUCUUCAGAUCAUUGCAGACGAUGUCAAAUGCUCGCAUGGAGCUGCUAUCAGUGACCUCGAAGAAGACCAGCUCUUCUAUUUCCAAGCUCGUGGGAUCGACUUGGAGACUGCAAGAAGAGCUCUCAUAUCGUCAUUUGGAUCGGAGGUUAUCGAGAAGUUUCCAAAUCGGGAAAUCCGAGACCAAGCCAGGAAUCAUGUCAAAGGCUUGCUCUGAUGUGCUUCACAUAAAGCGAUAAUCCAAAA